GCGCGCGCGCGCGCGGCGAGGGGCGCAGGCACGGCCCCGGCGCGGCGCUGCUCCUGAGGGCGGGGGAAGUGGGGGCUACACCCCGUGGCUCCACCGCCUGGUACCGCCAGGACGAGGGUCCCGUGUGCAGCUGGCCGCGAAAGCUGCUGCCGCCCGAGCCCCGCACCAGUCCCCCCGCCCCAUGGCCCUGCGCGGGCCACUCCGAGUUCCGGCUUCCAGAGGAGGCUCCAGCAGGCGGCCAACGCUGGGCCGGCAGCCCAACCUCCGCGCGCCGCCUAGGCUGCGACCUCGAGUCCUCGGCCCACGGCAGCCACGCCCAGGGAGCCGCGGAUCCCCGCCCCCCUGGGCCCUCGCCCACCCCGGCCCAGGAGGACGCCCCGCCGCAGGACGGUUCUCUUGUCCUUUGGCGAGGAUUCUCCAAGGCGUCUCAACACAUGGGCCGGCUCAGAAACGCCAAGAUCCACGUGGAGAGAGCUAUCAAGCAGAAGAAGAUUUUCAUGAUCCAAGGCCGCUACCCUGUGAUCCGGUGCCUUUUGCGCCGGAGGGGCUGGGUGGAGAAGAAGAUGGUCCAUCACUUGGGUACCACGCUGCCACCACCACACAAGGAUCUGGAUAGCUCAGUCAUGGGUGACAGUGACACCACUGAGGAUGAGGACGAAGAUGAGGAUGAGGCAUUCCGGCCACCACAGCUGUUCGACUUCGAUGAUUUACUGGAAUUUGAUGACCUGCAUGGGACACAUGCUCUGAUGGUGGGUCUAUGUCUCAAUCUCCGGAAUUUGCCGUGGUUUGACGAGGCCGAUGCCGACUCCUUCUUCCCGCGCUGCUACCGCCUGGGGGCUGAGGAUGACAAAAAGGCCUUCAUAGAGGACUUCUGGCUGACAGCUGCCCGCAACGUUCUCAAGCUGGUGGUAAAGUCAGAAUGGAAGUCAUACUCUAUCCAAGCAGAAGAGGAAGAGGCUCCAGGAGACAAGCAGCCCAAGAAACAGGAGAAAAAGCCAGUGACGGUGUCGCCAGAGUUUGUGGAGGAGGCUCUGUGCGCCUGCGAGGAGCACCUUAACAACCUGGCCCACGUGGACGUUGACAAGGACAUGGAGGCUCCGCUCUACCUGAGCCCUGAGGGCUGGUCCCUCUUCCUCCAGCGCUACUAUCAAGUGGUCCACGAGGGGGCAGAACUCAGGUACCUCGACACUCAGGUCCAGCGCUGUGAGGACAUCCUGCAGCAGCUGCGGGCAGUGGUGCCCCAGAUGGACAUGGAAGGAGAUCGCAACAUCUGGAUCGUGAAGCCGGGAGCCAAGUCCCGUGGACGAGGCAUCAUGUGCAUGGACCACCUGGAGGAGAUGCUGAAGCUGGUGGACGGCAAUCCCAUGGUGAUGAAGGACGGCAAGUGGGUGGUGCAGAAGUAUAUUGAGCAGCCCCUGCUCAUCUUUGGCACCAAGUUUGAUCUGAGACAGUGGUUCCUGGUGACCGACUGGAACCCACUUACUGUGUGGUUCUAUCGCGACAGCUACAUCCGCUUCUCUACACAGCCCUUCUCCUUGAAGAACCUGGACAACGCCGUGCACCUGUGCAACAACUCCAUCCAGAAGCACCUGGAGAAUUCGUGCCGCCGACACCCACUGCUGCCCUCAGACAACAUGUGGUCCAGCCAGAAGUUCCAGGCCCACCUGCAGGAGAUGGGGGCCCCGAACGCCUGGUCCACCGUCAUCGUGCCUGGCAUGAAGGCUGCGGUGAUCCACGCCCUGCAGACCUCCCAGGACACCGUGCAGUGUCGGAAGGCCAGCUUCGAGCUCUAUGGCGCCGACUUUGUGUUCGGUGAGGACUUCCAGCCCUGGCUGAUCGAGAUCAACGCCAGCCCCACCAUGGCACCCUCCACGGCUGUCACCGCCCGGCUCUGUGCCGGCGUGCAGGCCGACACCCUGCGCGUGGUCAUCGACCGGCGGCUGGACCGCAGCUGUGACACGGGGGCCUUCGAGCUCAUCUACAAACAGCCUGCCGUGGAGGUGCCCCAGUAUGUGGGUAUCCGGCUUCUAGUAGAGGGCUCCACCAUCAAGAAGCCCCUGGCGAUGUGUCACCAGCAAACAGAAGUCCGCCCAGCCCUCCCUCACCUGCUGACCCAGCGAGGCUCUGGGGAAGCCCAUCACCACUUCCCCACCCCCCACAGCACGGCCCGGCUGCCUUCUCCCCGUGUGCUCCGACCCCAGGGGGGGGGCCUCAGACUGCAGCACAGCAGGCUGGUGGGCUCUGAGGCCCUGUCGACCACAGGCAAGGCCUUGAUGACUCUACCUACUGCCAAGUUUUUGAUUUCCCUCCCACCUAACCCUGAGCUCAUGCUGGCACCCAACGCCCUGAAACCAAGAAAGGUGGGCCUCGAACGCGCCUUCAUGGUCCCCCACUUGGAAGUAACUUGUGGUCUCAACCCUUUGAAGUCAGAAAUCUUCCUAGCACCCAUAGGAAGAUCAAGGCCAAAGGCAAGUUCAAGGCCAGACUGCGACAAACCCAAGGCUGAGACAUGCCUCAUGACGACACUGAGCCUUCCGGGACCCCUGCCCCUUAUCCGUGCACACCAGGGUCUGGGGGCCAUGAGGGACGUGUGGCUACAGAAGUCCUUGCUUCGAUCGUCACUGCCCUUAUCCUGGACGCAGCGCCAAGUAAAAAAGUAAAUGAAGUA